AUGGCCGUCCCAGAGGCAAGGGUGCGAACCUUUGUCGAUGCAACCACCGUCCCAGUCGUACCGGCUUCCUCACGGUCUGACUCGCCCACCAGCUAUGUGGCCACAAUUGCGCAGCCACCUAUGCGGCUUUCCGCUGCACCGCUACCCGCUUCGGUGGCAGCAGUUGCCUCUCCCCAGAGGUCCGCAUUCUAUGGGGACACAAGCUAUAUAUCACCAGCCUUGAGAUCCUGGGUGGAGUGCCUGGUUGACAACAGAGUCGACCAAGCCGUAAGGCUCAUUCAGGACGGGGAGAUGAGGCAGCUGGUGGAACACGCACGGCAGGAGACCAGCACGGCAUCGCAGAAUGCCAGCCGGGCGGUGCAGCAGGCGGAUGAGGCUCGACGAAAACUGGAGAGUCAAGUGCGCAGCCUGGCAGAAGGGCAAAGUAGAUUACUUGCAAUUGUGGAAGGCAUGUCUGGAGACACGGAUCGCCAGUUCUCCUCGAGCAGUCAGGCCAAGGCCGAAGCUUUGGCAACGGUGGAACGCGUGAUGUCGACAGUGAACGAGCUGCGGCUGACGGUUGAGCAGGAUGGCGAUGUUGUUCAGAGCCGCCUGAGAGAACACAGCGUUGCCAUUGACGACAUCCGCAGGUCUGUGGCCGAGGACUUCGCCCGGUUGCGUGCCGGGUGGUCCGAUUUGCAGAAACAGUCGGUCGACGUAAUGUCAAAGCAACGCCAAAGUGGCGAUGACAUUGCAACGGCAGCGGCAUCAGUGGAUGCAACUCGCCAUGAGCUUGCGGAGCUGGCACGGCUGGUGCAGACUCUUGAUCGAAAGCUGACUAGCUGGAAGAGCGAGGUGAAAGUGGAGGUGCUGGAGGAGGUGUCUUCGGUAUCCAGUGUGGGAGAAGGAGAUAGACUCAAGCUGGACUCACUACAUCGCGAAAUCGGACAGAUGGCGGCAUCCCGCAUUGAUCUGGAGUCUCAGAUUGAAAGGCUCAAAGUUGAGAUGGCAACACUUGCCAAGCCAGAAUUGGAGACCCGAAGGCGGGAUAUGCAACAUACUCUGUCGAGACGGUUGGAUGAUGUAGAGUCUUCUUGCGAAAAUCUACGUGCAGAAAUGACUGCGGCCCUGUCCACUCGCAUGGAGAACUUGGAUGCACACGUGCAAGAGGCACACCAGAGCCUCUCGCGCCGCUUCGAUGCUCUUCAAGUUGCCGCUGCCGAGGAUGUCGAAUCGGCCCGGCUGGAGAUCAAAAAGCUGGGCACGGUGGUUAAGCGGGUCGAGGAUCGGCAGGCCUCGCUUCUAGAAGAAGUCUCGGGUGAAGUUCGCGCGUCAGUACUUUCCUUGCAAGAUGAAGGGGCUUCCAGCAGUUCAGAGCUCUCCAAGAGGUUCACAGAGUUGGGAAGUCGGCUGGAGCAGCUCGAGGUCGAGCAGACCAGUGCACGUGCCACGCGCGAGAUGUUCGAGUACAGGAUGCGGGAGCAAAGCGCCGAGACCAAGCAGAGUGUCGACGUCCUCCAGGCUCAGGUGAGCACCCUGGGCCGAGAGCUCUCGUCCGAAGUGCAGGAGAACAAAGAGCGCAUCCGAGAAGAGCUACUCGCCGGCCAGCGGAAGCUCACGGGAGAAGUACGGGAAGCUCGGUCGCUUUUCAAAGAGGAGCAGAAUGCCAUUGCUGCGCUUGAUGAGCAGCUUUGGCUGACAGAUCAGCGGCUUGGACAGCGGAUUGACGAGAUUCUCCAGGCACAGCGUGGUUCAAACCGCCUAACUGCAGCCAUGGCGGACGAGGCCGUCGCAAGCAUGGAGCCCAUCGCCAUCGAAGCCGAAAGCGGCUUUCGGAAUGGUACUGCGGCCAUGGCUCGUCGGGCUGCCGAAGCUUUCGCAGCACACGGUGAGGGCGCCUCAGCAUACGGUGACGGACAAACCGGAGGAAGGGCUACUUUACACUCGAAGCGUGGAUCACUGGCGAUGGCACACCAAGCAGCCGAGACCUUGGCGGCGAGAGGUGGCUUCGCUUUGGCUGAUGACCCGCCGUGA